CCUUUUCCCCACCAGACUGAGUAAACCAGUCGAGCUGACAGUCGAAUCCUCUUCCAUUCACACAAGCAGCCCAAGAGGCCAGCCUAGUCAGGGUCGGGUCUGGUGGAGGAGGGGCUAUGAUAUGGUAAUGUUCUCGGAGGAAGUGAGCACAGGGUUGUGGAAUGCUGCUAAGAUUAGUUGGACUGUCAGACUGCCUAGAAGUUGAUCAAGGCUGGGAGGACAGUGCUAACCGCUAGCUGCUGAAAGCUUAUCUGGAGACACUGGGGAUUAUUAGCAACACGGGCUAGCCAGCACAUAAAAACAUGCCCCAUUUCACAGUGGUACCAGUGGAGGACAGCCCAACGUCUAACUAUGACAGUCUGGAAGGAAUUAACUGGGUGGAUUACAGAGAUACAGGACAGGGAGGACAUGGGGGAUACCCCGGAAACCUAGACACUGUUAGCUCUGAUGGCCAUGGGAAACACAGCGAGGACAGCCCUUUCCUCAGCAGUACAGAUGCUGCCAAAAAGACAGAUUUCUAUGACAGGAAUCUGGCCUUAUUUGAGGAAGAGUUGGACAUCCGUCCCAAGGUGUCGUCUCUCCUCAGCCGGCUGGUUAACUACACCAACAUAACCCAGGGUGCCAAGGAGCAUGAGGAAGCUGAAAGCACAGGGAUGUCACACAUGAAGGCUCCAAAGUCACCCAACAUGGGCACCUUGAUGGGUGUCUACUUGCCCUGUCUACAGAACAUCUUCGGUGUCAUCCUCUUCCUCCGUUUAACGUGGAUCGUGGGCACAGCCGGCAUUGUCCAGUCGUUCUUCAUCGUCUUAAUGUGCUGUUCAUGUACAAUGCUUACUGCCAUAUCCAUGAGUGCCAUAGCUACAAAUGGUGUUGUCCCAGCCGGAGGGGCUUACUUCAUGAUCUCUCGUUCCUUGGGUGCUGAGUUUGGCGGGGCUGUUGGAAUCUGUUUCUACCUGGGAACAACUUUUGCUGCAGCCAUGUACAUACUGGGAGCUAUAGAGAUCUUCCUGAAAUACCUGGUCCCCCAGGCAGCCAUCUUCCAUGCCAGCGAUCCCCACGGCGGUGACAGUGCCAUCCUCAACAACAUGAGGGUGUACGGCACCAUCUGUCUCAGCCUCAUGGCCGUGGUGGUCUUUGUCGGGGUCAAAUAUGUCAACAAGCUGGCCUCUCUCUUCCUAGCCUGUGUCAUCAUCUCUAUCAUCUCCAUCUAUGCCGGGGCGAUCAAGUCCAUUUUCCAACCACCCAACUUUUCGAUCUGCAUGCUGGGAAACCGGACCUUGGUGAGAGAUCAGUUUGACGUGUGUAGUAAGGUGGUUCUUGACGGCAACGUGACUGUACCAAGUCAGCUCUGGAAGAACUUCUGCAGCUCUGGCAACAUCAGCAGUCCUCAGUGUGACGACUACUUCAACCAGAACAACGUCACAGAGAUCCAGGGAAUACCAGGUCUGGCCAGCGGCAUCAUCAGAGAUAACAUGUGGGGCGACUACCUAGAGAAGGGUCAGAUCCUGGAGAAGGCUGGCCUGCCUUCUGUCAACGUCCAUGGCGCUGUGGAGAGCAUCGGGCUAUACGUUUCUGCUGAUAUUGCUACCUCCUUCACCCUCCUCGUGGGAAUCUUCUUUCCCUCAGCCACAGGUAUCAUGGCAGGUUCUAACAGAUCAGGAGAUCUGAAAGAUGCUCAGAAGUCUAUCCCUAUUGGAACCAUCUUGGCCAUUACCACUACCACCUUAGUCUAUUUUAGCUCUGUGGUUCUCUUUGGGGCCUGCAUUGAAGGAACAGUCCUAAGAGACAAGUUUGGUGAUGCAGUCAGUAAGAACCUGGUUGUAGGGACUCUGUCAUGGCCUUCCCCCUGGGUUAUCGUGAUUGGCUCCUUCUUCUCCACUGUGGGGGCAGGACUGCAGUCCCUAACCGGUGCUCCUCGGCUCCUACAAGCUAUUGCCAAAGACAACAUCAUCCCCUUCCUCAGGGUGUUUGGUCAUGGCAAGGCCAACGGGGAACCUACCUGGGCACUGCUACUGACAGGGCUCAUUGCUGAGCUGGGCAUCCUCAUAGCAUCUCUGGACAUGGUGGCCCCUAUCCUCUCCAUGUUCUUCUUGAUGUGCUACCUCUUUGUGAACUUAGCCUGUGCUGUGCAGACCUUACUACGAACACCCAACUGGAGGCCCAGAUUCAAAUAUUACCACUGGGCCCUGUCUUUUCUGGGAAUGAGCAUGUGCCUGGCUCUCAUGUUCAUCUCUUCCUGGUACUAUGCCAUAGUGGCCAUGUGCAUCGCCGGCAUGAUCUACAAGUACAUUGAGUACCAAGGAGCCGAGAAGGAGUGGGGAGAUGGGAUAAGAGGUCUGUCCCUCAGUGCUGCCCGUUACGCUCUGCUGCGGCUGGAACAUGGACCACCUCACACUAAAAACUGGAGGCCCCAAGUCCUGGUGCUCUUGAAGCUGGAUGAGGACCUCCACGUCAAAUAUCCCCGUCUCUUGACCUUUGUCUCCCAGCUAAAGGCAGGGAAAGGCCUGACCAUAGUGGGCUCCGUCAUCCAGGGGCAGUUCCUUGACAGCUACGGAGAAACACAGGCUUCAGAACAGGCCAUAAAGAAUAUGAUGGAGAUUGAGCGGGUGAAGGGUUUUUGCCAGGUGGUUGUGGCGUCCAAGGUGAGGGAAGGCAUUGCCCACCUAAUCCAGUCUUGUGGCCUUGGGGGAAUGAAGCACAACACAGUAGUGAUGGGAUGGCCUUAUGGUUGGAGGCAAAGUGAAGAUCCCCGCGCAUGGAAGACAUUUAUUAACACAGUCCGCUGUACCACAGCAGCCCACCUGGCUUUGAUGGUGCCCAAGAACGUGUCCUUCUACCCCAGUAACCACGAACGCUUCACAGAAGGCACCAUCGACGUGUGGUGGAUCGUCCAUGAUGGCGGGAUGCUCAUGCUGUUGCCCUUCUUGCUUAAACAGCACAAAGUUUGGAGGAAGUGUAAGAUGCGUAUCUUCACUGUGGCCCAGAUGGAUGACAACAGUAUUCAGAUGAAAAAGGACCUGGCAAUGUUUCUCUACCAGCUGAGAAUAGAAGCUGAGGUGGAGGUGGUGGAAAUGCAUGACAGCGAUAUCUCGGCCUACACAUAUGAGAGGACUCUGAUGAUGGAGCAGCGGUCUCAGAUGCUUAGACAGAUGAGGCUUUCGAGUGCAGAGAGAGAAAGAGAGGCUCAGCUGGUGAAGGACAGGCACUCUCUUGUCCGGAUGGGCAGCCUGUACUCAGACGAGGAGGAGGAGGUGGUGGAGCAUGAAGCUGAGAAGAUCCAGAUGACCUGGACCAAGGAGAAAUACGAGGCAGACAGAAGGAAUAGGAACAACGCACCAGAGAACUUCAGAGAACUCAUCAGCCUCAAACCGGACCAGUCCAAUGUGCGACGGAUGCACACAGCUGUGAAACUGAAUGAGGUGAUUGUCAACAAGUCCCAUGAUGCUCGCCUGGUGCUUCUCAAUAUGCCUGGGCCGCCACGCAAUACAGAUGGGGAUGAGAACUAUAUGGAGUUUCUGGAGGUCCUGACUGAAGGUCUGGAGAGAGUGUUACUGGUGAGAGGAGGAGGACGAGAGGUCAUCACUAUCUACUCUUGACCCAUCUGGGGUCAAGGUCACAUGUACAACAAUGCCUGAACAGGUGACAAGGCACCUCUGAACAAUGGAAGCAGUACUAGUAGCUUCCAGCAUUCAGCCAAUCUUAAAUAUACAGUACACACAAAUUGUUUGACAAUUGAUUAUAGAAUUAAGAUGACUUUUACUGUGUAAUUAAAGGACUACAAACAGCAAUAAUAAUGUGCCAGGUAGAGAUGCUGGAUGCACUGCCUUUAAAAAGGAUUGUAGCCUUUGAAGAUGACAUAUGCUAUUGUACUGUAUGUGUAUCACAUAUUGCAAAGAUUGUUCACAUUAAAAACAAGGAAUUUUAUAUAUAGCCACAUCAAACAUUAAUGUUCUAUGUUGACCAAGUCAGUAUUUUUUUAAUUGCAGUAAAGCGUUUCCCUCAUCAAGGAUAGAUGGGUGAAUAGAUGAGUUGUUCGUAUGAAUGAUGUUAGCACAACAGUCUGUAUGUAGUAAACCAGUCAUUUUCAUAUUUAUUUUUGUAUUUAUUUUCUCAGCCUUCCCCAAUAAGCAAAAGCGAAUUGGAUUGUAGAUAAUGAAAAAAUAAAUAACAGUUGGGGACUUUCAGUGGGUGGCAAAAACUGAGCUUGAACAUGUGGAUGCCACAGAGUGUAUUGUAAUGAUGAAAAGGGUUAGGGUUAGGGUUGUAAUGAUGAAAAGGGGGUAAUAUAAUUUAUGUUUUUUUUUAUUAUUGUAGUUUUGCUAUUUCUGCUGACACAUCAUUAUGAAAAGCAUGUAGAGUACUUUCUCAUCCACCAUAACAGAGAAGUGUACACAUUUCCUUUUCUUUCCUGAAGAGUGUACAGGUGAAGAGUAUUUCAUUGAAGGUGACAAUAAAAUCAUCUACAGAUUAUUCUUA